UUGGGGCUGAAACGGACAGAUAAAGGUUCAGAAAGUCAAAAGCAGCAGCAAUCAUAAUUUCGUACUGAAGACUAUGUUAGGAUUGGCAAGCACUUUUAAACCUGCUCUUCACUUGGAACCUCUAAGCAUCCUUGUGAGUUGAAGCAGUUAUUUGCAUUGAUACAUGAAGCUGUGUGGCUCACAGAAGCUACCUUCGUUUACCUGUCUCUGCUGUCAGGCUAAGUUAUUUCAGGACUUGGACACCGGUCUCUGGCUCUAAUGCUGCUGUUCUUCUCAGCAGAAUAUUUUGGGAUCUUUUGGGUGGAUUUUGGUAAGCUUGUCAGCCCCUUUUCCAGGAUUGCUCUUCUCACUGGGAUAAGCCUAAGUCUGGCCAGCUGCCUAAAAGCCAUCUGGAGCCAGAGAAUCCUGAGUGUGAUCUUUGGAGCUGCCCAACUCUUGUACUUUAGUGCUUUGAUCACCGAGUUAACAAAUUGGAAAGAAGUAGAAGCAUGGACCUAUAAUUAUAGCGUAAAAGGAUACUCAUGGAAUUACUCCCGGGCAUUCUGCCAGAAAUAUUACACAGAUUUAGUGGCCAUCCAGAAUAAAAAUGAAAUUGCUCACCUCAAUGACAUCAUACCCUACUACAAAUAUUACUACUGGAUUGGGAUCCGAAAAAUCCAUGAUAAGUGGAUGUGGGUGGGAACGAAAAAACCCCUCACCAUAGAGGCUGAGAACUGGGCUGACAAUGAGCCCAACAACAAGAAGAACAACGAAGACUGUGUGGAGAUCUACAUCAAAAGUCCGACUGCUCCUGGCAAGUGGAAUGAUGAUCCCUGCAGGAAAAAAAAGCGGGCACUGUGCUACACAGCUUCCUGCCAGGAAACAUCCUGCAACCAUCAAGGGGAGUGUAUUGAGACUAUUGGGAAUUACACCUGCUCCUGCUACCCUGGGUUCUAUGGACCAGAAUGUGAACAUGUCAGAGAAUGUGGAACACUUGAUGUCCCAGAACAUGGCCUCAUGAACUGCAGCCACCCUCUGCAAACAUUCUCCCUCCACUCACAGUGCAGUUUCCGCUGCACUGAAGGAUACCACCUGAGCGGACCCAGCACGCUGCAAUGCUUGGCCUCUGGACUGUGGGACAAUGAGCUCCCACAGUGUGUAGUUGUGCAGUGUCAGCCUCUGGAAACCCCUAACAAAGCAACCAUGGACUGUGCUCAUCCACUUGCGGAUUUUGCAUAUGGCUCCAGCUGCAAAUUUGAGUGCCAAACUGGCUAUCGAGUAAGAGGCUUAGACACACUAUACUGCACUGGAGCUGGCCAGUGGACCUCACCCUUGCCCACCUGUGAAGCAACUACAUGUAAGCCACUGGAGAGUCCUGCACACGGAAUCAUGGAUUGCUCCCCGUCUGAAAGAGCAUUUCUGUACAACACCAAGUGUAGCUUCCACUGUGCCGAGGGCUUUGUGCUGCAAGGAGCUGAUGCAGUUCAAUGCGCCGACUCAGGAGAGUGGACAGCUCCGGCCCCCGUCUGUCAAGCUUUGCAGUGCCAGGAUCUUCCACUUCCAAAGAAGGCCCAGCUGAACUGCUCCAACCGCUUCGGUGCCUUCAGGUACCAGUCUGUCUGCAGCUUCUCCUGUGAUGAAGGCUCACUCCUGGUGGGAGCAAGUGUGCUCGAGUGCUUGGACACUGGCCACUGGAGUGCCAGUCCUCCAGAAUGCCAAGCCAUCACCUGCACACCUUUACUGAGCCCUCAGAACGGAACACUGACCUGCGUCCAACCUCGUGGAGAUGCUAGUUACAAAUCCACAUGCCAGUUCUCCUGUGAUGAGGGAUUUUCUUUAUCUGGACCAGAAAGAUUGGAUUGUACUCCAUCUGGACAGUGGACGGGUUCUGCCCCGACGUGCAAAGUCAGAGAAUGUGGAACACUUGAUGUCCCAGAACAUGCCCUCAUGAACUGCAGCCACCCUCUGCAAACAUUCUCCCUCCACUCACAGUGCAGUUUCCACUGCACUGAAGGAUACCACCUGAGCGGACCCAGCACGCUGCAAUGCUUGGCCUCUGGACUGUGGGACAAUGAGCUCCCACAGUGUGUAGUUGUGCAGUGUCAGCCUCUGGAAACCCCUAACAAAGCAACCAUGGACUGUGCUCAUCCACUUGUGGAUUUUGCAUAUGGCUCCAGCUGCAAAUUUGAGUGCCAAACUGGCUAUCGAGUGAGAGGCUUAGACACACUAUACUGCACUGGAGCUGGCCAGUGGACCUCACCCUUGCCCACCUGUGAAGCAACUACAUGUAAGCCACUGGAGAGUCCUGCACACGGAAUCAUGGAUUGCUCCCCGUCUGAAAGAGCAUUUCUGUACAACACCAAGUGUAGCUUCCACUGUGCCGAGGGCUUUGUGCUGCAAGGAGCUGAUGCAGUUCACUGCGCCGACUCAGGAGAGUGGACAGCUCCGGCCCCCGUCUGUCAAGCCAUCAAGUGUCCAGAACUCUUUGUCCCAAAGCAAGGCAGCAUGGACUGUUCUGGAACUCAUGGAGAAUUCAGUGUUGGCUCUACCUGCCACUUCUCCUGUAGCAAGGGAUUUAAGCUAGAAGGGUCCAACAAUGUGGAAUGUAAAGCUCCUGGAAGAUGGUCAGCACCUCGGCCAUCCUGCAAAGCCACAGUGUCGGUUGUUACUCCAGAAGUACAAUGCCCCGCUCUCACCAUUCCCAGUCAGGGAACAAUGUCCUGCAAGCACCAUCUGGCAACCUUUGGCUUGAACACCACUUGCCACUUUGGAUGCAAAGCUGGAUUCACACUUUUAGGAGACAAUAUUCUCAGUUGCAGUCCUUCAGGCAGAUGGACAGCAGUAACUCCAACAUGCCGAGCUGUCACAUGUUCGGCACUGCACAUUGAUAAGCCGGGAGAGAUGAACUGCUCCACUCCUUGGGGGAAAUUCAGCUUUGGAUCAACCUGCACCUUCCAUUGCCCAAAGGGUCAGUUACUAAAUGGCUCAGCGAGAGCAGAAUGCCAAGAGAAUGGUCAAUGGUCAGCGCCCACACCAACUUGCCAAGCAGGGUCGCUGACUGUUCAGGAAGCUCUCACGUACAUUGGUGGAGGGGUGGCAUCUCUAGCUGGCUUGGCAACGGCUGGAACACUCCUGGCUCUACUAAGAAAGCGUUUCAGACAGAAAGAUGAAGGAAAAAGCCCCUUGACCCCUCAUAGUCACCUAGGAACAUAUGGAGUUUUUACAAAUGCUGCCUUUGACCAGAGUUCUUAAGGGACCGUUCUUCUAGUCAUCUCGCUCAACCUCCACAGGUUCCUGUUUAUGAACAUUGGGUUUCCUGCCAGACUUGACUUUAACUGUAAUGUGUUUGUCGCAGCUUUCUGUAAAUACUUGUGAAUGAAGGACAUGGCAUUUCCUUUAGAUUAGCUCUGAGUCAGAGCAGAAGGAUUUGACCACGUUCCCAAGCUCUCCACCCACCACCCCUUUUCUAUUCCACUUCUCCUCUUCCUCCAGCAAAGCCUCCGAAGCCAAGGCAAAUGUCUCUGUAGUGGUUGGUGGACUUUGGCAAAGCCUGGAGCAUCCGAAUCACUAGAAGACAGGCUGAAGAGCAAUAUCACCAAAUCUUUAUUCUU